GGUUGGUUGUGAUUCUGAUGGUUUUAGUAUUAUACUAUGCUGGUGAGAUGAAAUAGAAUAGUUAAUUAUAUAAUAUUUUGUAUUUUAAUUUAUAAAAGAUAUUUUACAUUGGGUUUGGGUUUAUGAAUUCGGGUUUAGGGGUUAGUAUUUAUGAUUUAGAGGUGGGUUGGUUUAGGGUCUAGUAUUUCAGGGUUAGAGGUUGGUUGGGGUUAGAGGUUGGUUAUGAUUCUAAUUGUGUUUAUAGUACUCUACUAUGUUGGUGAGAUGAAAUAGAACAUUUUCUUUUCCAUCAUGUGUGUUGCAUACAGCUGUCAUAUAUGCUUCAUAUAAUUAAGUGUCCCUAAAAAGACCACGUCUCUUAUAUUUGGAAGUGAAACUGGCAACCUGUUAAGUAAAGGGGUAGAACCGGUUUGAUUGAGACCAAAAAGUCUGACAUUAAAUUAUGUCAAAAUCAAUGUUAGUUUCUUAAUUUGUCUCUCAAAUAUAGCUAUUUCGCUAAUAAGCCCUAGAAUUAAUGUUCUUUCAAAAAAAAAAAAAUUAAUGUUCUUUCACAAUCGAAUUAAGACGCAGAGGAUCAUUUGAAUUGUUGUUGGCACCUAAUAUAAUAACAUCAUCAUUACACAAUCACGUAUUGUUUUGGUUCUCACAUAAUACAAAAUAUUUUAUAGUACAUAAUAAUGUUUAUAUUUUUACAAUAAAGCCUACAUUACGAUGUGGUAUUUUAUUUUGAACAGCGUGAUAUAUUUAUACAUGCAAAUCGCAUAAUAUAAGUUUCAUUUCGUAUGAUAUAUAUAGUAGUAAUGUUUAAUAAUUUAGUUUUGACAGACAACUUGAGGUAAUCACGAACACCAUCCUCCCACGUAAAGUCCAACUAAGAAUAUAAGUUAUUUAUUUUUGUUUGUUUUUUCGUUGACCUUAUAAACUCUAAAAAUAUAUUCUAAAACUCCAUUGCUUGCGGGUCACUUCUCAAUUUUCUUUGCUUUUCUUGUUUGACCGCGAUUUACACAUACACAAAUGUGCUUACCGACAUAUAUGAUAAAAAAUAUAAUGAACAUAAAUACAUGAAUAUAGAUACAUAUGCAUAUACUGUAUAUACAAUUCAAAUCCUAAACCUUCUAAUAAUCCAAACUCUAUAAAACCCUAGCUAGUUGCUAAAUAAGUGUCUCGUCCUGCGCCUUCUUUCUCCGAACACUAUAUGAAUCUUUCUUAUAAAACCAUGUUUGUAAGUGUUUAUUUCGUUAUGAUCCUCUUGGUUUUUAGCUCACGCAACGCUGCGGCAAGGAUGGGAACAAUUAAGGUUUCUGAAAUUGAGAUAGCUCAAACAAGAUCAAGAACACCAAGACAUGAGUUCACGGAGGGUUUUAGAUUCAAAAAUCGUGAGUUGCACUUUUUGUCCAAACGGGUGCUUGUACCACCUUCGGGACCUUCCAACAGGCACAAUUCUGUGGUGAAUGAUCUCAAACACUAGUUGUUUUUUUUGACAAUCAUAAUAUAUAUUUAGAAGAUUCUUCAUAUUGUUUUUGACUGGUUUUGAUCCUUUUAGUAUAUGUUUUUUUUUUGUUCUUUUUAUCUCAUUUGAUUUCAUUCACAUUUGUAAUAUCUCAUUCGAAAAUAAACGUAUAUUAUCUUACAAAAAAUAAAAUUAAAAUAAACGUAUGUUGUAUACAUAUCCGUUGUUGUAUAUAUUAUUUAUCUGAUUUGAUUUCAUUCACAUUUGUAAUAUCUCAUUAAACGUAUAUUAUUUUACAAAAAAAAAACAUAUGUUGUAUACAU